UCUAAGGAGAUAAAGGAGAACGCGUUCAGUUUGGGACACCAUUUGCAGCUGGAAAUGGGGAAUGGACUGUCAGACCAGACUUCCAUCCUGUCCAGCCUGCCGUCCUUUCAAUCCUUUCACAUUGUUAUUCUGGGUUUGGACUGCGCUGGGAAGACAACAGUUUUAUACAGGCUGCAGUUCAAUGAAUUUGUAAAUACCGUACCGACCAAAGGAUUUAACACUGAGAAAAUUAAGGUAACCUUGGGCAAUUCCAAAACAGUCACUUUUCACUUUUGGGAUGUAGGUGGUCAAGAGAAAUUAAGGCCACUGUGGAAGUCGUACACCCGAUGCACAGACGGCAUUGUGUUUGUGGUGGACUCUGUCGAUGUGGAGAGAAUGGAAGAAGCCAAAACUGAACUUCAUAAAAUAACUAGGAUAUCAGAGAAUCAAGGAGUCCCCGUGCUUAUCGUUGCUAACAAACAAGACCUGAGGAACUCACUCUCUCUCUCAGAGAUCGAGAAGUUGUUGGCGAUGGGUGAGCUGAGCUCAGCGACUCCUUGGCAUUUGCAGCCCACCUGCGCAAUCAUAGGAGACGGACUAAAGGAAGGACUUGAGAAACUACAUGAGAUGAUAAUUAAAAGAAGAAAAAUGCUGCGGCAACAGAAAAAGAAGAGAUGAGCGCCAGUGCCUUCUGUGUGGGUGUGGAAUAGGUUUCCUUGGCCUGGUUCUGACAAGCUGAAGAGUGUCUGCAGCCUGGUUUGCCCGUCUGCCCUCCUGGAUGCUAUUAAAGCUUUGUUUUGUUGAACAAGUCAGAUACCCAACUCUGUUGCCUUGUGGAAGAUGAGUAGA